AUGCACCUCGCACACCCCUUCAUCCUCUCCCUCUUACCCCUCCUCCCCUUCACAACCGCCCAAACCUCCCUCUACAAACCCUGCCCCCUCCUAGGCCCCUACUUCCCCGCCCCGCGCAUCGACCCCAACUCCCCGGCCCUCAAAUCGACGUUCAACGCCUUCACCUCCUACAUCGACUCCUACCUCGCCGCCGGCACCGGCGACUUCGGACCCAUCACGCCCAACACCACCUCUUUCAGCCUCAGCCUCUUCGCGGGUGGGAAUCUCGUCCGGAACGGGAAUGGAUCAGACCCGCUGUUCUACGAGUAUCAUCAUGGUGCUGGGGUUGAGAAGCCGGAUCGAGGGAGUGUAUAUGCGGCGGGGGAUUUGACGCAGAUUUUAACUGUGCUGGCUUCAUUGGUGGAGUUGGGUGUGGAGGGGUGGGAGAGGAGUAUUGUGGAGUUUUUGCCGGAGUUGGAGGGCUUGUCGACUGGAGGUCCGCUCCGAGCGGUGCAGUGGAGGAAUGUUACGUUGGGGGCGUUGGCGGGCCAUAUGGCUGGGAUUGUGAGGCAUUCGGAUGCCUGCAGAAUCGACGGGCGUUGUCAAAAGGAUAUCUUCCUGAAGAAGCUGGCGUCGAAACCUCCCGUCUACCUCCCGGAUACGACGCCGAUCUACUCGCGCGCCGCCUUCCAACUGCUCGCCUUCGCCCUCGAAGCGAAAUGCGGCCAACCCUUCGCACAGAUCCUCCAAGACCGCAUCCUCGCCAAACUCAACCUCAGCAGCACCUCCCUCCUCAAGAACACCUCCGCACCACCUUUCGGCCACGGCCUCUCCAACUCCUCAACCCUCGGCGAACCCGCCUCCCUCUCCCUCCUCACCAGCACCGCCGACCUCGCCACCUUCGGCCACAGCUUCCUGACAUCCUCCCUGCUCCCCCAAUCCACAACUCGCCGCUGGCUGAAACCCUUCACCUCCACCUCCAACAUCGCCAACUCCGUCGGUCGACCCUGGGAGAUCUACCAUUACAGGGACAACGCCACCGGCACCAUCAUCGACGUCUACACGAAAACAGGAACUGUGGGGAGGUAUAGCAACUACUUCGGUCUCGCGCCGGAUUACGGCGUCGGGUUCUCGAUUCUGGCGUUGAACAGCGAGGGCGAGGCGCCGGAUUUGAACGCUUAUGCGGAUAUGGCGCUGUUUGCGCUGUUGCAGCUGCAGAGUCUUGCGGAGAAGGAGGCUCAGGCUACUUAUCCUGGGACGUACACUUCCGCUGGUAAUGCCUCUUCCAUCGUGCUUAACAUCACGGACUCGGGCUCGGACCCGGGUCUCGCUGUCACGCACCUCGUCGUCAAUGGCACGGAUUGGCUUGCCACGAUUGCGGAGCAGAGUGGUAUCUUGGACCCGGCAAAUCUCGACUUUAGAUUGUAUCCUACCAAUCUCGUUGAGGGAGGCAAGAGGGUGUGGCAGGGUGUGAUCCAGGACAAGAGUGCGUUGGCUGAUUUUGGAACGCCGACGUGCAUUUCGUGGCAGACGGUUGGAGAGCUGGAGAGAGGUGGUCUGGCGCUUGAUGCAUUCGUGAUCGAGGUUGAUGAUAGUGGUGAGGCGAGGACUGUGGUGUCGGAUGCGUUGGGCGUGAGAUUCCAGAGGUAG